AUGUUCUUGGUCAAGAUGUUUCAGGGCGAGGAGGAGGAGGAAGGCGAAGGGGCGGGCGCCAGCCUCGGGCCGGUGCUGCUGGAGGGAGGCAGCCCCCAUCUUGGACGGAGGGUCCAUUUCCUGCUGCCCCACACUAUCAUCCAGGAGCCCCCGCCCCAGCUUCAGGAGCGAGCCUUUUACCAGCGGCUGGAGCGCUUGCUGGGAGGAGAAAGAGGCGGCUUUGCAGCGCUCUUUGCGGCUGACGGCUGGGAGGACCUCCGAGGUGAGGCCCGGAGCGCAGGGGGCUUUCAGGCCAGGAGAUGGAGGGUCCCGCUGCUCCCCAGAGGGCCUUGGAGGCAACAGGGCGGCUCGGCCUCUCAGACCCUACAUGAUCCUCUCUGCUGCCAGUCAUUGGGGGACGGCGUGACAUCGCUGGCUAACAAGCGCCACAGCCAGAAGCCACUGGGGGCAGGAGAUGGUUGCUGGGUUCGCUGCCUCUUAGCCAGAAAGCCCCCUGCCCCCGCCUCAGCGACCCAGACCAGGGGCUGCCCUCACACCCAUGGGGGUCUAGAGGUGCAUCAGAAUGAGGAGUGGCUUGACUGAUGCCCACCUCAGCACCCCACAGAAUGUGUGGUGGUGCGUCAAAAGGAAUAAGAGGAUAAACAAAGGCAGCAUAAUGCAAAUGCUUAAAGUCCUGGGUGACGUGGAUUUCCCCCCCAGGCAGGAGAAAAACUGGUGGGUGUGGGGAACCACAUUAAGACCUUCUGAUGCCCUCAGCUCUGCCAAGUUUGAGAGGCCCCAUUGUUCUACUCCUUCCCCCCAAAGUAUAUUAGUCUAACAGAUCGGGAAGGCCAAAGAGAGAAAUAAAUGUUUUGUUUUUGCGUAGAUAUGAGUACAGAGAAGGCAAAUGAAAACAAACUAGUCCCUUUUUUGCAUUUGGAAGCCUUCAUCACCUGAAGCCCUAAACUGUGGUGUACUUCACCUAUGCGUAAAUCAGACCCUGGCCCAGGACCAUUUGGAGGUAACUGGGCAGGUGGGACACUGCAGUACCUCAGGCUGGGGAGACAAGGCCCCUCCAUUUGGCCAGAGCAGGUUGUGUUGUGAGAGAGGGGCUGUAACUUCCUCAUCCUCCAUCACUCCCUUGGCCUUCCUUCCUCUGCACCUGGGCAGUUGGAGUUCCACACACUUCCUCAAGCAAACACCUGCACCUGUAGUUGAACUGAUGCUCCCCUUCCCACCCUCCAGAGGACAAGUCCCUACGGAAGCGGCUGGUGAAGAGCAGUCCAGAGGGAGGCAGCUGGCCACAACUGGGCCAAGAGGUUACUGUGAAGAUGCUGGGAAUCCUGGAGGACCACAGCCUGGUGGAAAAGGACCAAAAGCUCACCUUUGUCCUCGGCCAGGGGGAGGCAAUACAGGUGAGGUGUGGGAAGGCUGCAGCCCAGGGGCUCCCUUGUUCCUUUGUGCAUUUUCUCCUCCUGAUCCUUUCCCCCCUGGCUUUGCCUGGCAGCCUGCCCCACAGGGGCAGCCCAUUCUCAGCCCCCAUUUCUCUCUGUUGCCUGAGCAACUGAAUGCCACAAAUGGUGGGGAAUCCUGCUGUCGUUCUGCUUCUGUUCUGUUUCAGUGGAAAGGACUGUCAGCUUUGCAGCCACCCCCAACCUCAUGCUUAUAGGGCCCUCCCUCUACAUAGGAUCUCACCUUUUCUGCCUGUGCGCUAUCAUAGCAGAGGCCAAUGCAGACCACAUGAGAAUGGCUGUUGCUCCCAAGCCAAUGUACUGUUGCACGUAGUGGUGCUGAGAGGUGUGACAGCAGGAUGUGUGUGUGUGUUGGGGGGGCACUUUGGGUCAGGUCCUUGUUUCCUUUUUCUCUCCCUAGGCUUUGGACCUUGGCGUCCUCUCCAUGCAGCUUGGUGAAAUAGCCCUUUUCCUCGCUGGCCCUGCUUGUGCCUACGGUCACCUGGGCAGGUAGUCAUCAGUCAUUGCUCUGCACUGUGACUGGUGGGCAGGGAGGGGGGCAACAUCUGGUCCUUGGUGGGGGAAGAGAGCUGUGUGUUCUCAGAGGCCUCUCCUCCUCCUCCUCCUGCAGAGAGCCAGAUAUUCCCAAAGAUGCCACGUUGCUGUACGAGGUGACUCUGCUGCACGUGCAGGACAGCCCGGACCUGUCGCUGUUGCCCACCAUGGAGCGCCUCAGCCUGGGCAACCAGAAGCGGGAGUGGGGCAACUUCCACUUUGAGCGGGGGGACUACCAGCAGGCCCUGCACUCCUACCAGCAGGCUUUGCAUGUCCUCUCCUUGCCAGGGACAGGUGAGGCACUGUUCUGAGGGCUUGGGAUGCACUGGGGGAUGAAACCCUCCCAACGCAGCCAUGUGGGUGCGUGUUGGAAACAUGGGGUUGGCAAGGGUUCAAUUAGAGCUGACGGGCAGCUUGCCUGGAAAUAGUGCCAUGAUCCCAAAUGUGGGCAGUUUGGAUGAAAAGGGAGAGGAACCUUGUCCCAGAGGUGCUCUCCCGCAAAGGCACACUUGACCCAUCCCUACUGCAGAAGCCCAGUUCUGGGGCUCAGCCCCAUCUGCACCUCCUGGCUGGGGGUGAUGCUGCACCUAUGUGCGUUUCUCUCUAGACUGCCCAAGCCAGGAGGAGGAAGAGGAGCUGCAUGACCAUCGGGUCAAAUGCCUCAACAACUGUGCAGCCGCCCAGCUGAAGUUGAAGCUUUUGGAUGAGGCCCUGGCAUCCUGCAAUGAAGUUAUACAGCUUGACCCAGAGAACAUCAAGGCACUUUACAGGAAAGGGAAGGUGAUGAGGGAAACGCCUCCCAGCCCCUCACCUGCUCCAGGGCCAGGAGGGAAGAACUUGGCUAGGGAACGGCAUGCUGAAGGCCGUACAGCUGGCUGAGAUCCAGAGUGGGGUGGUGGGGGUGGUGGCAAAGGUCCCUGUUCCACAAUAUUGACCUAAUGCUAUAUCUGGAUUGAAGUGGGGGAAAGGGAGUUGUGACCACAAAAGGUGAGAGAAGGCAUGAGGGAGGGUCAAGGAACAGCUGCAGAGAACAGCCAGAGAAAGAGGUGGACAAGGGCAGGUUUCCCCACCCCUACCCAAUUCAUAUACCAUCCUAUCUCUGUCACUCUCUCUCUGCUAUUUAGCUAUUGUCAGAGCGGGGAGAGGACCAGGCAGCCACCGCCGUUCUGAAGAGGGCGCUGCAGCUGGAGCCAACUACCAAGGUGGGGCAACAGGACACACUAGGGGCAAAGGCAAGGCAAGGGACAAUAGCAGAGGCGGUGGGGAAGGUCCAUCUUUGCUGGGCCAGCUUCAUCCUCUGCCACUUUCGGCACUUGCGACUGGCAUCUCCUCUUUUGCUCAGCUCACGCUGAGAUGACAUCAUAUUCCUAGCAUUGGUGGGAGGGUGCUCAGCGGGCACUGGAGGUGAUCCCUCCCCCGUCUUCCGAGUGUAUUAACCAUUUGCUCCCCAGAAGGAUUAAAAUGACCUUGGCUGUCUCUAGGCUAUCCAUGCUGAGCUCUCCAAGCUAGCAAGGCGGCAGAGGGGGCAGCUGGAAUGCCCUGGCCCAGGAGGGGCCACUCCAGAAGACAUGGCAACACCCACCAUUGCUCACAGUGCUCAGGUUUGUUAUCACGGCCUAGUUAAGGCAAAGGAUUGAGGGUCCUUGUCACUUAGCAGGUGCCUUCCUGCGACUUCAUCCUGGCUGCUGCUGUUGCUGCUGGGUUUGGUUCCCAAGACUGUUCCGGUGGCCUUGUGGCAGCUGCCUUUGUGGGCAUGUUGUUUGGCCAGUGUGGUGUAGUGGUUAGAGUGCUGACUAGGGCCUGGGAGACCAAGGUUCUUAUCCCCAUUAAUCUUAUUGGGUGACCUUUGGCCAGUCACUGCCUCCAAGCCUAAUCUACUUCAUAGGAUUGUUGUGAGAAUAAAAUGGGGAGAUGUAUGCCACCUUGAGCUCCUUGGAGUAAAGGUGGAAAAAAAAUUAAGAGAUAAUUAAGAAAUUAAGAUAAUUAAGAGGUUUUGAAAACUCAUGUGUCUCCUCACUGCCAUCUUUUGCAGACAGAUGCUUCUGCUCCCCAGCCAAGCUGA